GCCACGGUACCGCUGCUCACGUCGUACUGGAGAAGGAGCGUGCACGCAACAACAAGAAGAGACGCCAUACACACAUGCAGGCACAGAACACUGCGUAGGGAAAAGAAAGCUUUUGGUACUACUGCUGGUGUUGCGCCUCCACAAGGCAAGCGGACCAGCAAAUUUGUUGCACUUCUUCGUUUCUAGACAUGGGCAAAGGCGCACGUUCGAAGCGUAGCACGCGGCCCUACGCGAAGCGCCAGCACAAGCUGGAGAGCAAGGCGCAGGAGGUCGAUCCGGAGCUUAUGGAGCGCUUCCGCAACACACGGCAGCCAAUUCGAAAAUCGCAGCUGUUCACGGAGAUCUUGAAGCAAAAGAAAGACACGAAGCGCGCGCGUCGCGAGUCGCGUGAGAACCAGCGCCGUCACCUCAAGGACAAGGCCCCGGUGAAGGCCACCCCCAAGACAAAGGAACGCUUGCGCAAAGAGGAUGUCACGAUUAUUGAAAACAAAGACGAUGCGGAGAUCAUCAACGACGAGGCGGACGACGAGUUCGCGGCUUUUUUUCGCGAUCGACAGAACCCAAAGGCGCUAAUCACCACAGGCGAGCACCCGUGCUUCCGCACGAAGCAGAUGGUGAAGGAGCUGUUGUGGCUGGUCCCGAACAGCAUUUACCGGCCCCGCAAGUCGUACACGCUGAAGGAAAUUACGCAGUACUGCUCCAACCGUUCGUUCACCGACCUGCUGGUCGUGACGGACCGCCUAAAGGAGCCGUUCAACCUCAUAGUAUCGCACCUGCCAGAGGGCCCCACCGCGACCUUCCGCGUGUCCAACUUCCUCACCUACGCCCAGCUGGAGGACGCGGCGCCGCGCACGGAGCACUACCCCGAGCUGAUCUUCAAGAACUUCGACACGCGACUCGGCCGGCGUAUUUCCCGGAUGCUGGAGUGCCUCUUCCCCGCCACACGCGACUACGCCGGCCGCGCGGUGGCGACCUUCCACAACCAGCGCGACUACAUUUUUCUCCGCACCCACCGCUACAUCUUUGACAGCUUGGAGGCGGUGCGGCUGCAGGAGAUGGGGCCGCGCUUUACGUUGCGUCUCCUGUCGCUGCAGUCCGGCACCUUUGAUCGCCAGUUCGGUGAGUACGAGUGGUUCCGCAAGAAGGAGCACGACGCAGACACGCUGGAGUGGUACAUGUAA